CCCGGGUGAGGGACCGCGGAACCAGCUUCCUGCGCUCGUCAGGGCCGGGCCGGCCCGGGGACCGAGGAACCCGCUUCCUACCGGCACUUCCGCCUUCGCUUCCUCGGCGCCACUGCGCAUGCCCGGGGUGGGUGGUUCUUUUCGGUUUUUGCUGCGCUUGCCUGUUUCUCAAAUUCCUGAGACCUCCCCACCUUCGAACAUGAGCGACUGGAUGCCCAUUGCCAAGGAAUAUGACCCACUUAAAGCUGGCAGCAUUGAUGGUACAGAUGAAGACCCUCAUGACCGUGCUGUGUGGAGGGCCAUGCUGGCCCGCUACGUACCCAACAAAGGCGUUACCGGAGACCCCCUCCUUACCCUGUUUGUGGCACGACUGAACCUGCAAACCAAAGAGGAGAAGUUAAAGGAAGUCUUCUCCCGCUAUGGUGACAUCCGGCGCCUGCGGCUAGUUCGGGACCUGGUGACCGGCUUCUCCAAGGGCUACGCCUUCAUCGAGUACAAGGAGGAGCGGGCCCUGCUGAAGGCCUACCGUGACGCUGACGGCCUGGUCAUCGACCAGCACGAGAUCUUCGUGGACUACGAGCUGGAGCGCACCCUCCGUGGCUGGAUCCCUCGGCGGCUGGGCGGUGGGCUGGGUGGGAAAAAGGAAUCUGGACAGCUGAGGUUCGGGGGCCGGGACCGGCCUUUCCGGAAACCCAUCAACCUGCCCGUUGUCAAGAACGAGCCGCACAGAGAAGGAAAAAGAGCAAGGAGGGGGCGAUCUCGAUCCCGGGACAGACACUGGGACCCCAGGCCCAGGGAGCGGGACCAUGACAGGGGCCGAGAGAAGCGCUGGCCGGAGAGGGAGCUGGCCAGGGUGUGGCCCGAGAAUGAUUGGGAACGCGAGAGGGAGUUCAGGGAGGACAGGGCCAAAGGCAGGGACAAGAGGGACAGGAGCAAGUAGAGCCAGCGUC